UCGAAGCAAAAAGGCUUAACAGAAAUUGAGUUAGCCGAAGGAGUGAAAAUUCAGCUUGCAAUUAUUCUCGACAAUAUUUGCGAUAUCCAGUUACGACAUCGCGUGGAAUCAUUGAUUUCAUUUGCUGCUGGCUUUGUUGGUGAUUUACAACAAGAUCAAUGCGCAAGGUAUAUGUCUAUAAAACAAACAGAUAUGUCACCAGCUGAAGCGGCUAAGCGUACCAAAGAAUUCAGAUGUCCACCCAGAGAACAGAUGUUCCGACUGUUGAAAUGCAAAGUGGUGCAGGAUAGCAGUGUUGGUUUGAUCCUGGAUGACGAUGUUGAAUACGACAAUUGCCCGAUGGAUGACACACUGCAAGAACAACUUCGGUUCCGCUUAAUUUUUAGAACAUUCCCCAGAACAUAA